GGCGGAGGGCUGAGUGCCAGACGGCAUUACCCUCCAUGGGACGGGGACACUGGAAGAUGCCUGGCAUUUCAAAGGUCACUGUGACAGAGGCUGAGCUCGUGCUAAUUAGCGAGGACACCUGCAAAUGGCCCACUUGGGGUCCUGGAGGUGCCGGCCUGCUCACUCAUGUAAUUGGACAGAGGCCCGGGCAGAUGUUGCUUCCUUAUUAGCUGAUCUGGGUUUGUGAGGGCUGCAGUGGGACAACCAAGGGAAAUGUCACCGAGAAGGCUUUGUGCUCCAGAGGCCUGGCGGGCCCCUCUCCGCCUGUUCUGAGUGCAGGCUGGAUGGAGGUCCCUGGACUCACAGGAGAGGGAGGCAGGGAGACCCCCAACCAAGCCCCGUGCCCGUGGCAGACAUAACUAAUCGAUCCCAGCAGGCUUCCACUCAGUCCAGACUUGUCCCCAGAUUUUCCACGGAGCCCCGUGGCUGGGGGUCUUGCCACAAGACCCUGCCCCAGGUCUGGUUGAGAGCAUAUGGACUCAGGAGCCAGGUGGCCUGGGUUCAAGCUCCAGUUGUGGGACCCGGGCAGGUCCCUUCACCACUCAGUGCCCAGUACGGCUCUGUCACCUAUGCCAUCGGGGAGCCCGUGAGGACUGAAUGUGUGGACACCCAGAGCCCUGUGUGUCCACCCAGGUUCUAAACUGUGCCUCCUGGGUUCUUAUAUGUCUCAUCAAAGGAAAUCUGGAAAGUCUCUUUCACAGAAGAGAAAGAGCCACAGCUGAGUUUACAGAUUUCACAGCUGGUAUCAUGUACCUUUUAUGGUUGGUUUCUGGGUCUUCUGAGUGUGAAUGGGGGCUUUUGUUUGGGGGGUUCUUGUUUUUGAGAGUCGCAAAUUCAUUCCUCGUCUGUGACCUUGAACCCUGAGCUGGGAUGUUGGAGGUAUAUGGGACGUUGCCUCAGCCCCCCAACAUGCAGACACUAUUUUCGAGUCUCUCCGCACAGGCUGAGGGAAGCCACGCAAGGCGUGAGGAGUGCUCUCUCCUGUUGCCCGACUUUGAGCCCCUGUAGAGCUGCUGGCAGCAGAGAUAGAAGUUCUGGCGCCUUUAAAAUGUAUGAGUGCCUUCUGCUCCAGGCCCAAGUAGGUCUGCCAGGUCCAACUGGGCCGAUAGUGCCCUGGAUAAGGGUACCUACCGGAGAGAACUGGGGGACUGCGAUCCAGCCUGCGCGCCCCUUCCCCCAGUGCCUGCUGCUGGGCUGCUUCCCCUCCCCCACCAAGGAGACAUUUCUUUCUCCUCCACACUAAGUGUCACGUGGGCUCUCAAGGGCUUUGAUUGCAAACUGGCUGGAAGUAGUGGAAGGGGUCAGCAGAGGGGCCAGGCCCACCCUUCUCCCUGACCUCCACUGCCUCCCACAACUCGGCUCCUUUAAGGCAGAACAGGAGCCUGUCUUGGAAAGGCGGUGGAGGUGGGUGGAGAUCACUUGCCAGAGUGUGCUCAGCAGGAAUGCCUAGGUGGGAGGGAGUCCCUGGAGUUCUGCUGUGAGCCCCUCCUCGGUGGCCUGUCUGCCCCACUGCCCAACCCCAUGAGAAUGUCCCCAGCAGAUGCUGGUGCCCAGGGUGACUGCAUGUGGAGGAAGAAGAGAUGAUGGGAAGUUGUCCUUGGAGGAAUUCCAGCUCUUCUUUGCAGAUGGCGUCCUCAACGAGAAAGAACUGGAGGAUCUCUUCCACACAAUCGACUCUGACAACACCAACCAUGUGGACACCAAGGAGCUGUGUGAUUACUUUGUGGACCACAUGGGGGACUACGAGGACGUCUUGGCCUCCCUGGAGACCUUGAAUCACUCUGUCCUGAAGGCCAUGGGCUACACCAAGAAGGUGUAUGAAGGCGGGAGCAAUGUGGACCAGUUUGUGACACGCUUCCUCCUGAAGGAGACGGCCAGUCAGAUCCAGGCACUGCUGAGCUCGGUGGAGAGCGCCGUGGAGGCCAUCGAGGAGCAGACCAGCCAGAUCCGACACAACCACAGCAAACCCAGCCACAGCGUGGUGGAGACCUGGUCUGGGAGCCCCACAGCCCCCUACGCCCCCAACCACAAGUUCAUGGCUGCAGAGCAAGGGAAGAGCUUUCCACCUGCCUCCUCAGACCCCAAGGAGGAGGGCCUGGAGGCCCAGGUCAGCCGACUGGCAGAGCUGAUAGGACGGCUGGAGAACAAGACACUUUGGUUUGACCUUCAGCAGCAUCUCUCUGAUGAAGAAGGCAUCAACAUGCAUCUGCAGCUGGUCCGCCAGGAGAUGGCCGUGUGCCCUGAGCACCUGGGCGAGUUCCUGGGCUCUCUGCGACAGUACUUGCGGCGCACCGCCGGAGCCAGGAACUGCUUCCACAUUGCAGCCGUGAGGCUGGCGGACGGCUUCACCUUUGUGGUGUACGAGUUCUGGGAGACGGAGGAGGAGUGGAAGAGGCACCUGCAGAGCCCUGAGUGCAAGGCGUUCCGGCACAUCAAAGUGGACACACUGAGCCAGCCCGAGGCCCUCACCCAGAUCUCAGUGCCAGCUGCUUGGUGCACCCUGGGCCGCGAGUGACCACCUCCCUGAGGCCCCGCAGGUGAGCCUGCCGCCGCCUUCCCUCUUCUGAAGGACGUCCACUCUUUUCUAGAAACUGGUCUACGAGCUGUGUUUUCCACAUACUUCCAAAUGAGAAUGUCUUUUCCCGCUGUCUGAAGCAAAGGAGAAGCCCUGCCCCUGUGGGCAGAGUGGCCUCGGAGCUGCUGGGGCCCUGCUGAAACCAAAGGGCAGUGGUGACAGCGACCGGAGGCUUCCUGGAGGCAGCCCCUGCCCCUCCCCCCUCAAAUGGCCACGCAUGCUUGGCCCCCCACACCCAACACUGGCCUCAGCAGGACUCACCCUUCUCUCUCCCCUCCUGGUUGCCGUUCCUCUGCCCGUAGGAGCCGAGACCCCGUAGUGAACCUGGGCCUGGGCCGCGCCCGCAGGCGGCAGUAGACCCCCGUAGCCUGUGCCCUGCCCGGCAAAGAGCCGCCUGGGCAGGAACCAAUAAAAUCCCGCUGGGAA